GCCGGCCUCCCAGCUGUGUCCGGGGCGGGGACCGGCUCGGCACCGACAGCCAGCGGCCGGCGGAGCGGGGAGCGCGCCUCCCGCUGUCCAGCGCUCCCCGGUUCCCUCACACCCCUGCCCGCUGCCUGCGGCCCCCGGAGCAGGCGCCGGGCCGCCGGCCCACAGGCAGGAAGGUAACGGCACACCCCGCUUCGGCACGCCCCGCCCGACCUGGCCCCGGCGGAGGCAGCACAGCGGCGGUUCGCGCAGCUGAGGGCGCCGCUGGGGCCCGGAGCGAGGCGCGGUCCUGCCCCGGAGCCGCUGGCCGCGCGCUUGCCCUCCGCGCCCGCGUCCUGCGGAUCAGGAGAAAAUAAUGAAUGUCAAAGGAAAAGUAAUUCUGUCAAUGCUGGUUGCCUCAACUGUGAUUGUUGUGUUUUGGGAAUAUAUCAACAGCUCAGAAGGCUCUUUCUUGUGGAUAUACCGCUCAAAGAACCCUGAAGUUGGUGACGGCAGAGCUCCGAUGGGUUGGUGGUUUCCCAGCUGGUUUAACAAUGGGACCCACAUUUACCAAGAAGAGGAAGAAGACAUAGACAAAGAAAAAGGAAGAGAAAAGAAACAAAGAGAGAAAGAUGACAGAGAAGAGCUUCAGCUAUGGGACUGGUUUACUCCUGAGAAACGCCCGGAGGUGGUGACAGUGACCAGCUGGAAGGCACCGGUUGUGUGGGAAGGCACUUACAACAGCGCCAUCUUAGAAAAUUAUUAUGCCAGGCAGAAAAUUACCGUGGGGUUGACCGUUUUUGCUAUCGGAAAGUACCUUGAGUAUUACUUGGAGGAGUUCAUAGCGUCUGCUGAUAGGUUCUUCAUGGUUGGCCACAAGGUUAUAUUUUACAUCAUGGUGAAUAAUGUCUCCAGGAUGCCUCUGUUAGAGCUGGGUCCUCUGCGUUCCUUUGAAGUAUUUGAGAUCAAGGCUGAGAAGAGGUGGCAGGACAUCAGUAUGAUGCGCAUGAAGAUCAUCGGGGAGCACAUUUUGACCCACAUCCAGCAUGAGGUUGACUUCCUCUUCUGCAUGGACGUGGACCAGGUCUUCCAAGACAAUUUUGGGGUCGAGACCUUGGGUGAGUCAGUGGCUCAGCUGCAGGCCUGGUGGUACAAGGCAGAUCCUAACGAAUUUACCUACGAGAGGCGUGAGAAGUCAGCAGCAUACAUCCCGUUCGGCCAGGGGGAUUUUUAUUACCACGCGGCUAUUUUUGGAGGAACGCCCAUUCGGGUUCUCAAUAUCACCCAGGAGUGCUUUAAGGGAAUCCUCCAGGACAAGAAAAAUGACAUAGAAGCUAAUUGGCAUGAUGAAAGCCAUCUAAAUAAGUAUUUCCUUGUCAACAAACCAUCUAAAAUCUUAUCCCCAGAAUACUGCUGGGAUUACCAAAUAGGCCUGCCUUCAGAUAUUAAAAUUGUCAAGGUAUCUUGGCAGACAAAAGAAUAUAAUUUGGUUAGAAAUAAUGUCUGACUUCAAAUUGUGCCAAUAUUUGUCUCCGAAAAGCAACACCUAAUUUUAACUUAAUAAAAAAUACUAACAAAAAAGCAAGAUGACAAACACAUACUAUUCCUCCUUGUAACUUUGAGCCUUGUAAUAGGGGUGAGUGAAAUGUAUGAUAAUUAUA